GAGGACCGGAAACGAACGACAGUACAUCAACUUUGAACAAACGGAGCUGACCUAGACUAAAUCUACUGAUAAAAUUUAUUAUUUUAUUUAUCUGGUGCAAGUGCGGAGAAAGGUCUUUGGCCAAUUUAAUGCUCCGAUAAGUAUAGUCAAGACGUAUUCAUUAUCGGCGUAUAUUGUGGCCAAGGAAAACAAGAAGAUAUAAAUGAGAUUUUAAAACCCUUUAUUAUAGAAACAAUUCAAAUCAUGUGUAGUGGAAUAGAGUUUCAUGGAAGUCGUUACACUCUAAACAUUUAUGCAUUUGUCCUUGAUGCACCAGCAAAAGCCUUUGUGCUAGCAGUCAAAUACCACAGUGGUUAUAACUCAUGUACCAAAUGUACAAUAGAAGGUAUAAUGUACAGAUGUGUGUGCUUUCCAGGGAAAAUUGGUGUACUCCGAACCGAUGUGGAAUUUAGAAACAGUGCAUAUCAAGAUGACUACCAAAGAUCCAAAUCAAUAAUAAAUACUAUUCCUAAUUUAGGAUUAGUUACAUACGUGCUAUUAGAUGCUAUGCAUUUGGUAUAUUUAGGUUGUACCAAAAAAUUAUUGUUGAUGUGGCUAUGUUCUAAGAUACGUUAUAAAUUGCCUCAACUUAAACAAGAUAGCAUUUCAGAUAAUCUAUUAGCUCUAAGAGAGUACAUCCCAUAUGAUUUUGCUAGAAAAUCUAGACACUUAAAGUAUAUAAAGUUUUUCAAAGCCACGGAAUACCGUCAAUUUUUGCUAUACACUGAACCCAUUGAUUUUUUAACUUUACAUGCUGCUAUCAAUAUAUUGAGCACUCCUAUACUCUGUGCAGAUGAGGCCUACAUUGACUAUGCUGAACAAUUAUUAAGUAAAUUUGUAGAAGAUUUAAGCUCACUAUAUGGACCAGAAUACAUUACGUACAAUUUUCACAAUUUGCAACAUUUAGCAAAUGAUGUCAGGAGGUACGGUCAACUUGAAAACUUUUCUGCAUUCCGAUUUGAAAAUUUUAUUUGUCGUAUUAAAAGAUUGAUUUGCACAGGGAAUGCACCUUUACAACAAUUGAUGCGAAGAUGUGCUGAGAUAGAAGGAAUGCACAACAUUGUUGAUAAUAUGUCAAAAGACGUUCUUUUAAAAAUGCAACGCACAGAAGGCCCUUCGGCAUUAGAUUGUGCCUCAAAUGUAUCACAGUACAAAAUAGUUGUAUUUAAUGAAAUGAAAUUAAAUUGCAAAGAUGGCAAAAAUAUGUGCAUAUUAGUUGAUAACAAAAUAGUAGUUAAUGCUUUAAAUUUUGUUAAAAAAAAGUAAUGAAAUAUAUGUGGUAGGACAACGAAUGAAAAUAUUAGGUAACUUUUAUGAGAAUCGUCUGCCGUCAAGUGCAUUAGGAAUACACGUUGUACGCAAUAUUCAAAGCGAUAUCGAGACAUGGAGCUUGAAAAAUAUAACUGCGAAAUUGUGUCGAUUUCCUUAUAAUGAUAAUUAUGUUGUGUUCCCUGUAUUACACACAUCUUAUGCUAAUAACUAAUAAAAUCAUACAUUAGGUUGUAAUGUUAAUUUCAAGUAAGAUUAUGAAAACUAGUAUAUUAUUAUGACCUUAAUAUUUAUUGAUUUGAAAAAAUAAAUAGCGAAGAGCAAGUGGUAAAUAAUGCCGUUAUUCCUAGUAAACCAGCCGGUCGACGAAAUAUCCGCAAAUUUGACGAUGAGGAAGUGGCUGAAGGAACAAGACGAGUCGGUAGAAUUGAAGAAAAUCGCCACCAACGUCUGGCUGAACGCAAAAAACAACAUCAAGUAUUAUCAGCAGAAAAAAAAACGAAGAAAAGGAUACCUUAAUCCUAGACUUUGACAUUGAGGAAAAAGUCGAUCUUAUAAUGGUGGAUAGAGGCCUGGUCAAGUUCCUAAAACCCCAUCAAGCAGAAGGCGUGAAAAGUAUUAAGAUGGAUGUAGAGAAAAAAAGAGCUGAUAAAAGUCGACUGCAGGAAUUAGAGGAGUUUGCUCAGGAAUGUUGUGAAUCGCAAGAAAAAAGAGAAAAACAUGAUUUUGUAUCGCCAGAGCAAGAUAUUACACCCAGUAGCGAUGACAUGAAAACUGAACACUAUGUGGUUGCUAGCGAUUAUAAUGCUUUCGAUGAUUUUAGUGAAAGCGAAGAAGAGGUAGUCCCAGAUCAAUCAGGAAUGGAAGAAAUUAAGGCAAUUAAAGCUUGGGUAAUCGACAACAAUAUUCCAUAUCAGAGUGUAGACAAACUACUGUUAAUUCUGAAGAAAAGAUUAUUGCCACAAAUUCCAAAUAAUACACAAAUGUUAUUAAAAUGGGAUUGUAAUAAUUUUGACAACGUAGAUAAUGCGGAAGUGAGUGAUAGACCAAUGGGCAUACAAAAAGCUUUGAACAAUCCAAAUAAUGAUGCAAGCAAUAUUGACAUCAUUAAAAUGGAAACUAUCGAUUGCAAAACCGAUUUUGAAUUCUUUGUCACAAAAUCGCUUACAGCUAUUGCCAGGGAUGUUGCUGAUAUCAAAGCCAAACAAGAUGCUAUGAGUGCGAGCAUGGGUUUCAUGAAAUUGAGACAGGAUGAGACUGUCUUUUUUCUUCUGGAUAAGAAAGCUGCAACGUUGACUAAUGCUGUUGUUGAUUUUGCUAAGAAAUAUUAGUAUUCCUUUCCGAAAACUUCAUUAGAAAAGUUUUUAGAAUUCGAUAAAGCAUUGGAAAAUAACAAAUUUUUAAGAUUUGAUGUAAGUAUUCAACUCUGCGAUCUCCUGGAUCCUGAUCUAGUUAUAACUAAAUCUAUGUUAAGGAUGGCGUGAAGUUUAUGUGGGAAUUCUGCUUUGAGACUUGCUCUAGAGCAAGUCAAAAGCUCUGAGGGCUCUGGUUGCAUUCUUGCACAUUGUAUGGGUCUAGGUUCCAAAACCUUCCAAAUUGUCACUCUCGUACAUACAAUACAGGUGAAUAAAGCUACAGGAAUCAACACUGUCAUGGUUGUGUGCCCAAUGAACACUAUAUUCUCAACUGGGUGGAGGAGUUUGACAUGUGGUUGACACAUGCUGAGAAUUAAAAAAUAAUACGUGUUUACGACUUAACGCAAAUAAAAAAGACUUCGAGUAGGAUCGCCCAACUGAAGUUUUGGCACGAUCUUGGUGGGGUCUUGGUUAUUAGCUACGACAUGUUUCGAUUAUUCACGUCCUACGAAAAACAAGUGAAUCCCCAGCAGAGCCAAAAGAUGAGGUCGUAUUUACUGAAUCCUGGUGCUGAUUUCGUAGUCUGCGACGAAGGGCAUUUACUAAAGAAUGAGGCUUCUCCGCUAGCUAAUAGGAUGCAAAGCGUACGGAAAAAAGGAGAGUUAUACUUACGGGCAUGCCACUUCAGAAUAACUUGAGCGAAUAUCAUUGCAUGGUUCAGUUUGUGAAGCCGAAUCUUCUUGGUACCAAACAGGUAGGAAACAGGUUUGACAAUCCAAUAGUAAAUAGUCAGUUAGACAACUCUACGGCGAAAGACGUGAAGCUCGUGAAGCAGAGAGCUCACGUUCUUCACAGGAUGUUAGAGGACUGCGUUCAGCGCUGCGAUUACGCGGUGCUCGCGCCGUUUUUACCACCAAAGCAAGAGUUGUUAUUUUGCUUCGGUUGAGCGAAUUGCAGAUUGAGAUGUACAGAUACUUCAUCGAAAAUAUCCCCAGGAUCGAUGCAAAGCACUCUAGACUGUUUAAAAAUGUGGGAAUAUAUAUAGACCAUACGCAUUAUGCCCAUGUACAGGAGUGGGGAGCACCAUGUUGGCAUCUCCGUGAGAAGCGGCGCUGCGCGCCACUUGCUUCCGAGCUACUGAUCGGUGUGCAUCGCCUGUAACUCUUAUCGAAUAAAGCCUUUUACUUACGACCGAA